AAAUGCGAAGAUGGUCUCUCCGAACGCCGUUGUUUUGUUUCUUGGAAUGAUAACAUUAUCGCUUGCAUUUGAAGAAUUGAUCGGCAAGCCUAAAAGAAUAAACCCAAAAGACAAGAAAGUCAUAAAUGUGGCAAAAUCCGCCGUUAGUGAGAUAGGAUUAAAAUAUAGACUAGACAAAGUUGACGCAGGGAGAAAACAGGAAACGACUUCUGGCUAUAUGUACCUUAUGCAACUAGAUGUAAAGAGAAAAGAUGGAAGACAGACUGAAAGGAGAAGAUGCAAAUUACUGAUAACAGUUUCAAAGAAAACUUUAGUUGUUCCAGAGUUUCAUUGCUUUUUCAAAGACCUAGGACCUGUUUUCUUUUAAAACUAUUUGAUUUUUGUAUUUACUCAUUUCUUUGAGCAUUCUCAUAAUAAGUGAACUAUAUUACAAAGUCGACACUAACUUUUUUAUAGACAAAAUCCUUUAAAACUUAUGAUUCUGGCCAUUUUUAAAUUUAUUGAUAUAAUACUUCCAGUUUAAGUUCUUUACAUUUUGCUUCGAAGAACGAUUUUAUCCUCUCAUCUUCAAGCAGCGAGUGUACUGUUAACGUUGUUCAAUGGAAAUGAUAAAUAAGGGAAAAUUGCGAAUUUGCUUUAGAAAAAAUAAAAGUAAAUUACAAUUAUCAUAUGAAUUAUCAGAUACAUAGAUAACUCAUACGUUGUCAUACGUUUUAUUUUACGACUGUUAGGAAUUACUUACAGAAUUUAUCUCUUAUUAGUCCUAACGCUGCGGAAACGUUAAAGGGCCUCCAAUAAGU